AUGGCCAAGCCCUACGCCAAGCCCAAAGAGAUGGUCGAGCUCAUAUCUUCUCAGCCAUGGAUGGACGAAGCCCUGAGCUCCCAGGACGAGAUGAAGGAGGAAGACGGCCGACCAGCUUCCUACAGUAUCCUUGCAGGCAUGAACGAAGACCAUGACAGCAUUGAGGAAGAAGAAGAGGAAGAAGACGGUGGGAAGCCAAAGAGAAGGGGGCCGAAGAAGAAGAAGAUGACUAAGGCGAGGCUGGAGCGGUUCAGGGCCCGGAGGGUCAAGGCCAACGCUCGGGAGCGAACACGAAUGCACGGUCUCAACGAUGCUCUGGAUAACCUUCGGCGGGUGAUGCCCUGCUACUCCAAAACGCAGAAGCUAUCCAAAAUCGAGACCUUGAGGCUAGCCAGGAACUAUAUUUGGGCUUUGUCCGAGGUGCUGGAGAGUGGGCAGACAACAGAAGGGAAAGGUUUUGUGGACAUGCUCUGUAAAGGUUUGUCCCAACCCACCAGCAACCUGGUUGCCGGCUGUCUGCAGCUGGGGCCUCAGUCUUUGUUCAUGGAGAAAGCUGAGGAAAAAAACUCCACUCCUGACUCAGUGGUACCCAGCCACAGCUUCUCCUACCAGUCCCCAGGGCUGCCCAGCCCCCCAUACGGAAACAUGGAGACGCACGUGGUACAUCUAAAGCCCCCCACAUUCAAAAGCCUGGUGGAGCCUUCUUUCGGCAACCAUCACCAAGACUGCACGUCUCCCCCAUACGAGGGUCCCCUGACACCCCCGCUGAGCAUCAGUGGGAACUUCUCCCUAAAGCAAGAUGGGUCUCCAGACCUGGAGAAAUCCUACAGCUUCAUGGCCCACUACCCGUCUGUCAGCCUGGGCAGUUCACAUGGGCAUACCUCUCAUUUCUCAACCACAAUGCCCAGGUAUGACAUCCCCAUAGAUAUGACUUAUGACUCUUAUCCUCACCAUGUGGUGGGGGCCCAACUCAAUGCAAUAUUCAGUGAAUAA